CAAGUCCUUUCGUGCUUGGGUGGCACAGAGUCUCUGCCCGCCUCUCAUGAAUAUCUUGGACUGCGCGGUAGCUUAAAAUCACAUAUGAUGCUCGUACUGCUAGCCAAGCCUGUUGCCUCCACCGUGUGGUUAACCAUCUACGGUUGUCAGUGGUCCCAGGAUUUGAGGGGACGCCGUCCUCCUAUUGUGUUUCGCUUGAACAAACUGUAUAGCUCCCCGGGGCAGCAGUGUUGAGCACGGUCGGAUUGAACAUGUAGUUCAUGUGACAUUCUGGUUCGGAACUGGCAAUAUGUGCGUGCGGCUUGCGUGACUGGAGUGGUGAGACAGCGGCUUUUUUGGAUUCAGUUGACUGGGAUACGCGGAGUACUCGGAAGUACCGACGCACCUUGUGUAAUAGAUGCCGAUUACAUUGCAAUCCACGAGGAAACUGCGUGGCAGGCUGACCACCUGUUACGCGAGUGCAGCGUCAAAAGGACCUUGUGGCUGCAAGGAGCCAAGAGAACCAUGAGCACUGUGGUAGUGGACUCGGACCACAUGAUACCAUGAAGAGAAGCCUGCAGGUCCUGCGCCGCCAGCUGCUGAGUGUUCUAGCGAUCCUAGCUGUGCCAGUGGGAGUGGUGUUCUCUACCCAGGAGCUGUACCCCAGCUGGACCCCCGAGGACCCUGUCUCCAUGUCAGCGCCCCACAGCAGCCCCCCUAACCCGCUCCUGCCUCUCCCAGACUGGCAGCAGGAGGACUCCAGCAGCGGGGACCCUUGGUCCCCCCAGGGAGGGGCGUUGCCCACAGGCAUCAUCAAGCCCACCACAGCCCUCAGCUCCUGGGGCUGGCAUCUAACCCACCACACCAGCCUGGCACACACUGUGACACCACCCAGUAAAGACAGCCUCAUUCAUGCUGCAGCUACUUUCAGUCCUAACACUGUGAACUCUGUGAGAGUCAACCAAGACCCUGGCCCUAGCUCUGUCAGCCCCAGUCCAGUCAAGCAGGCCCAUUCCCCCAGCUCUGGUGCUCUCAACCCAGGCCACAGCUCCAAUUCUCCCAGUGCAGACCAGGGCCUCUUGCCCAACUCAGUCAAUCAAGCCCAUAGCCCAGAUAAUGCUAAUGUUAACCAGGGCAACAGCCGUCCUAGACCUCCAAGCUCUGGGGGCCAACAGAGUGAGGUAGCUCCAGCUGCAGUGGAGGGGGCUCCAGACUCUGGGUCUGCCCUGGCUCCUUCUUUGCCCAGCCCGCUCACAGAGAGAGAGGAUACUCUGGGCCCGGAGCUUGGUGGUCCCCCGGCCCCCACACACACCCAGGAGCCUCAGGGGGGGAAUGUCAAGGAGCCCACAGACCCCAGUCAGCAGGACUUCACCACGGAGCUGCAGCCUUCCUCUCUCUCCUCCUCCUCAGAGGAUGCUGCUCUAGAUCAGACCCUCAGGGAGCAUGUUGAAGCCACGCCUGAGCUUUCCCGACCCCACACCAUCACCCUACGGGAGGUGCACCCACUGGUCAACGAGGACCCCACCCUGGAGCUCAAAACAGAUGGCAAUGUCACUUUUCAUAGCGGCAGUGUGGAGGGCAUCCAUGGCGAGGACCCCUCCUCCCAGUGGAACAGCUCGUCCGCUACGGAGCCCCCCUCCACGGCCAGUGGGAACUUUCUGAACCGACUGGUCCCCGCCACCACUGCAGACCCCUGGGGUCCUGGUAAUGGCUCCGGCCCCGCUCUGGACUCACCGCUGUCCAGCGCCACCAUCUGCCUGAGCAAGAUAGACAUUGUGUGGAUCGUGUUGGCCAUCAGUGUGCCUGUGUCCUCGUGCUCUGUGCUGCUGACCAUGUGCUGUAUGAGGAGGAAGAAGAAGUCUUCAAAUCAGGAGAACAACCUGAGCUACUGGAACAAUGCCAUCACCAUGGACUACUUCAACAGGCACGCUGUGGAGCUGCCCCGGGAAAUCACGUCCCUUGACAAUGCUGAGGAGCAGGAGACGUGUCUACCCCCUAACGGGGACUACAGCGACAGCGGGGUGGUGCUGGUUAACCCUUUCUGCCAGGAGACCUUGUUCAUCAACAGAGAGAAGUCCUGCUACAUCUAGAGAGGAGGGACGCUGGUCUUGUGGCCAUGUCCUGAAACCACCAAUACAAGACUGUCAAAAAUAAAAGUUUGACUUUCAAAAUUAAAGUCCCCCGCCACUGCUUUCUCCCUAUUCUCCCUCCACUGUCAUUUUUAUAUAUGUGGUAAAUCUUCAGAGACUCCCACUUUAUACUGUACAUUAUGAAUAUAUAGACAAGACUAAGAGAAGAGCUAAUAACAGACAGUAUUUACUAUGAGGGUGCGCCUGCAUAUUUUUCUGAUGUACAUUUUCUACAAAUGCUUAAUUGUGAUAAGGGUUUUUAUGUCUUUAUAAACCACUGAGUGUGUGUGAUUUCCAUUUUGUUACAGUGGCUUGAUGGUGAGAACAUUGUGGACGUGGCCACUUGAAUUCUGCUUUAGAGAGAAGAUAUUCUGUAAGAGCGUUGUGUUUCAUUUUCUUUUUAAUCAAACCCCAGAUAAUCACUGAAAAUCCUGUUGAACUUGAAUUCUGUACCUACGAGAUUUAGGGCAAUGUUUGUGAGACCAGGUUUUAGUAGAGGCAAUGGAGGUGUUAUAAUUUGAACUGCCUCUGUAGUAAGGGGACUGUCUGUCUGUGUCUCUCUCUUUGCCUCUCUCUCUCUCUGCCUCUUUGCCUCUCUCUCUCUCUGCCUCUUUGCCUCUCUCUCUCUCUGCCUCUUUGCCUCUCUCUCUCUGCCUCUUUGCCUCUCUCUCUCUCUCUCUGCCUCUUUGCCUCUCUCUCUGCCUCUGCCUCUCUCUCUCUCUCUGCCUCUUUGCCUCUCUCUCUCUCUGCCUCUUUGCCUCUUUGCCUCUCUCUCUCUCUCUGCCUCUGCCUCUCUCUCUCUCUGCCUCUGCCUCUCUCUCUCUCUCUUUGCCUCUCUCUCUCUGCCUCUUUGUCUCUCUCUCUCUCUCUUUGCCUCUCUCUCUCUCUCUCUGCCUCUCUCUCUCUCUCUGCCUCUCUCUCUCUAUUUGUGUUAUGGAGUAGAUUCUGGUUUUGGCACUCAAUGAGGUUUGUUUAACGUCUAACCUUUACUAAAUAUUUUGAGACCAACCGUAUUGUAACCUCCCUCCAUAAGUACAGUAUUUGUCCCGGAGCGUAAACUAUGUUUAUUACUGUAAUGUAUAGAUAUUGAAUGAUAUUCUAUUUAAUUUCUGGUUGUAGAAAUUAAAAAGUCAGUAGAAAUCAUGACCAAUGAUAAUAUUUUAUCCUGAAUAUUUACUGUGAGCUCAUACAGUGGCAGUUUAAUCGAACAUACGUAUUUUGUUUCAUUAUCAAAUCAAUUUCAGUUUGUCAUGCUUUACUUUUGCUUUGUCACAUAUUUAUAUUUGCUAAAUGCUGCCUCUGUUACGGCGUCUGUUUGUCACAUUGUGAAACGCUGAUCUGUUAAAUCAUACUUCCCUGUGUUUGAAGAUUUUGUUGAAUUAUCUUUUUGUUGAAUAUGGUGUCAAACUACUGGAUGUAUGUCGCUGCAAUGGGCAUGUGGUGCCAUACCAGACAAAGGGUAUUUUGCUACAUGUAGAAUGGAGAGGAGGGGCAGUAUCUUUGGUCCACCGUCAUGUCUUUUUUGUAUCGUAGCAUAACGCAGUACUUUUUACAGCUGAGCAAUAAAAGACAAAAGCUUUUAA